AUGUCCGAUUAUAUCACCCUGACAUCACACAAGACCUGCGCACGAGCAGUUGGAAAUGCAAUGAGGAACAACCCUUUUGCCCCAGAAGUGCCUUGUCAUCGUAUCUUGGCUGCAGAUGGUACGCUUGGUGGAUUCGGUGGACAUUGGGGCGAGCAAGGCAAGUAUGCUUCGCGAAAGCAUGAGCUAUUAGAGGAGGAGGGAGUCCGUUUCGAUUCGAGAAAUAAGGUGAAAGUCAAAACGGCGCCUUCACGCUUCCCACUGCCCAACCGCCGCGCCGUCGCUUCUCUCGCCCUCGUCUCUGUGCUCUCCGCUAUAGAGAAGCAACGCAAGGCGAAAGCAGAUCGAGACAAAGAGAGCGACUUCGCGGCGCAAGAUAUGUCCGGCGAACUUCAAACGAUACCUGCGCGACAUGGCGUGGCUACUUUCGUACCGAGGGGCAGGACGAUUAAGAUCAUCAACACCUAUGGGAAGCAGGUGGUUAGUACAUGGGCGUUUGGGCUGGCUGCACCACCUGAGGAGGGCGAAGAGGAGGAAGACGAGCAGGAGCUUGAGGGCCAGGUGGACGAGUUGAAGGAGGAGUUGAGUAAAGGAGAAGAGCAGGGAAAGGAUGCUGAAGACGAUGUGAUGGAUGGAGAGGCUAAGAAGGUCAGCGACGAAGGUUCCGACUCUAGCAAGAAAGAAGACGCGUCACAGGAGGAGAAGGCCGACAAUUCUGAGAAGAAGGACAGCGAAGGUGCAGAUGAUCCUCCCGAGCAAGCGCCCGAUGAAGCUGAGACCGCUAAGUCCGCCGGAAAGAAGCCUGAGAAGCGAACGUGGUCCUCAUACCUCCCUUCCAUUCCUUAUCGCAAUAAAAACCAAAACCAGAAUAAGACUGACGCCCAAGCGAAACAAAACGAAAGGGUCGAGAAAGCACAGAAUGAGGCGACUUCGAAGAAAUGGUCGUCAUACCUACCUACCGGAAAGGGCUUCUCAAGCUAUGUGCCCAAUCUUCAGAUGCCAGAUACCCAAGGUGUAGUCAGCGCGUUCAAGUCGAGCAAUAGCUGGGACCCGAACAAGAGCUACGCUGAGCAACUGUACGACUUUUCAAAGACACCCGUGGGUGCAGGUACACUAGCUGCCGCCAGCGGUUCCGGCACAGCGUCGUCGCUUUACGCUGCGUACAAUGCCUACGCCCAGAUGAAUCCCUCAAAGAACAAUCAGCCUCCUAUGGAAUACCUGUCCCUCCCUCACACCCGCGCCGCAACACAUCGCCUCGUUCCUGAGCUCAAUGAUACUCUCCUAACCAAUCUCCGUAAUCCCCUCAUGACUCUCGUAGAAGAUACUUCACCAGGCGCACACGACACCCUGACCGCUGCCUGCGACGCAAAUAUGUACGCUGCGCUUGGUGUUGAUAAGCCCGAAGAGCACGGCAGCUGCGCCGAGAAUCUCGUGCUCGCACUCCGUGAGGUCAACGAAAAGGCCGGCCUGAAAGGCACGAAAGCCAUUGGCGCAGACAUCACGGUCAAUAUCGCGCCCACACCAUUGCAUCUCUUCAUGAACGCUCCUUUACAGCUCGAUUCGAGCGCGCAAGCCGAAGGCUCAGGCGCCAAAGGCGCAAAGCUUCAAGUUGAGGAACCGAAGUGCAAGAAACGGAGCUACGUCCGUUUCCGCGCUGAGCGGGACAUCGUCGUUGUGCUGAGCGCUUGUCCCAACGAAGUUGGGCAUCAAAACGGCGGGAAGUGCAUGGCGGCUAACUUCAUGGUUGAGGAACCUGAGGAGGAACCUUCUGCUUCGUCGUCUUCAGUCAAGAAUAGAAAGGGUGUGCCAAAGAAGCUGGACGCGACGAAGAAGAGAAGUGGAGAGGGAGGGGAGAAAAAGGCGACGGUCAUGUCCAAGCUAAGAGGCGGACCCCAAAAGCCUGCUGCAGUGAAGAAGUCUGCAGAGAGGAAGAUCAGUGACGACGAUGAUCCGCCGGAGUCGGCGUUACCUGAGGAGGAACCGAAGAAGGAAGAGGUAAAGCGUAAAGCUGUCCCCAACCAAGACAAAAAGCCAGAGGCUUCGUCGUCCUCAAAAACAGAAGAGACCAAAUCGCAAGAAACUUCCAAAGCAGAUGAAGAGAAGCCAGACGAGACCCCUAAGGCGAAGAAGAAACCCAAGAAGCUCGAACGACGCACUGCCACCCCCAAGAACGAGGCGUCGUAA